AUGGCGGCGGUCAUGGACAAUGCCAAUACGCUCCGUAAAACGCUGAAUACAGGAUCCGGCGUCUCAUACGGCGCAUGGCAAAUGCUUCCAGGCACCCAUCUGUCGCGGGCCAUCGCGAGAGCAGGCUUCGACUGGGUCUGCAUCGACUGCGAGCACGGCAAUAUCGCCGGUAAGCUUGCCCCUAUUUCUCUUCUCAGGCCUUUAUCUCGCUACACCCACGAAAAGGAAGCUGAUCGCCGUACGCUACUACAAUAUCUAGACGAUGCAAUGCAUGAGUCGAUCCACGCCGUGGCAUCUGUCGGUGUCAGCCCGGUCGUGCGCAUCCCCGCCAAUGAGGGGUGGAUGGUCAAGCGGGCGCUGGACGCAGGUGCUCAUGGCAUCAUUGUGCCCUUGCUCUACACCGUCGACGAUGCAAAGAGGCUCGUGCAGUCUGCCAAAUUCCCACCACUCGGCAAGAGGGGUUUCGGCAGUCCGUUUUCACAGGGUUCUUUCGACGUCAAGGGGAACCUGUCAGGAAUCGAGUACCUGCAAGGUGCAAACGGGAACUUAUUGACGGCCGUGCAGAUAGAAACAAAGGAGGCACUGGGAUGCGUCGAAGAGAUCGCCAAAGUCGACGGCAUAGAUGUUUUAUUUGUAGGUCCGUUUGACCUGGGGAACAAUAUCGGUCAUCCAGUGACAGGAGACUUUCCCCCGGAACUGGACGCGGCCAUUGCGAGAAUUCUCAAGGCCGCCCAAGAUGAAGGGAAGAAGUCGGGCAUUUACUCUCCGUCUGCAGAAUUUGCCAACAGAUACGCUGACAUGGGCUUCCAGAUGAUCUCGGUGGUAAACGACAUGAGCGCAAUCCCUAUUUCCAUGGCUAAAUCACUGUCAAAGGCUAAAGGCUGUUACGGCGAUGCAGCACAAGGUCCUAAGCAGGCUGCGUACAGCGCGGCGAGUUUGGUUACACAAAAGAAGAAAUGA